AUGCCUCUAGGAAGGUAUACAUCUAGAUGUCCUGACAAGUUCCACCGAUUGUGAUGCUAACGAAUCGCAGGAUCCCCCAGUCCUCCUACUACGACAAAUACAACCGCCCCUCUGCAGCCCUCUACCGCGCACGACAACCGUACCUCGUCCGGAACGCGAUAACAGGCGUCUGCAUCCUCGGCUUUGUAGCCGGAGUAUGUGCGUUGCAUCUCAGAGGUCUUGUACUCAUGGCAAUGUCUUGCUAAUUUCCGCAGACACAUGGACGAUCAAAGCCAUAGGACAGGACGACUUCUCGGACGUACCUAUACCCGAUGCACCAGCGCAUCCACCACAGGCCCCGAACACAACAACCGUGAAGAGCGCAGGAGCUACGUCAUGA